AUAGCCGAGGAGUUGAAUAACUCAUUCAACAACUACAGGACCUCGGCUGAAGUGAAGAAACGCUGGUUCUUCAUAAGUUCCCGGUCUCGGCAAAAAAUCCAGCGAUUCCGUGAGGAACGGAAUAGGACAGGUGGUGGUCCUCCUCCCCCUCCACUGGAUCCCAUUGACGAACUAAUUGAGGAUAUUCUGGGACCAGACAGCAAAACAAUAAUGGGUGAGCCUCAAGUCGAUGAUCUGAUGGAUGUCCUGCGUGCUGACAUAAAGGACGUGAGACCUGCUGCAGGAGGAGCAACAGCAGAUCCGUUGGUCGGUAUCAAUAGCCACGAAUCUGCAGAUGCACCAACUGUAAUAUAUGUUGAUGCAUCUGCAGAAGAAGCGCUUCCCCCUUCAUCCAUCCCCUCAGAAGAUCCCACCACGGGACAAAUGGGAGCUGUAAAGGCAGUGGAGUCUGCUGCCCAGGAACACAAGGCAGCUGCUCAGGCAGUGGCAUCCGCUGCACGGGCCCAAGAGGCAGCUGCCCGAGCACAGGAGUCCGCUGCGAGGGCCAAGGAGUCCGCUGCGAGGGCCAAGGAGUCCGCUGCGAGGGCCAAGGAGUCCGCUGCGAGGGCCAAGGAGGCAGCUAUGCGGGCCAAGGAACAGGCUGCCAAGGAGAAAAUUGAGGCCAUGAGGCUUAAAGCUAGAUACUAUAAAUUUAAACUAGAAAAUAAUUAAACAUACAACCAAAUA